AUGACUGAACCAUCUCAACCACAUCGUCGCAGAGGUCCAAAGUCCCUUCCAAAGCUACCCCUCUCUGCGUUCAGCCCACCCAACUCGGGAACGGCAGAGACGUUCCUACCUCCUCCUGGGAGCGACGUUCAGCCUGAGGCUGUUAUCGAUGCCAAUGUUGUCUCCAAGGGUGAUCUUCAACUUACUCUAGCCCAGUGGAGGAAAGAAGCUGGCCAGCCACUGAUUGCGCGCACUCGUGGUAUCGUCUUGUCGCUCACUGCAGCGGAAUUAGAGAAAGUCUCAAAGGAAUUAGAUGGCGAUCGGAUUACGUCUGUCAUCGUUCCCUUUGAUCUGGAAAACCCUGAGCCCAACCUCGCGACGGUGUUGACCUUAACAUCCCUCCCAACCUCUUUAUCGACUGCUUAUAAAGGAGCCUCUGACGCAGCCGUCGAAGGCUUGCGAUGGGCGCUCAAGCGCGAUCGACCCGUCGAUAUCGACAUUCAAGCUAUCCUUUCCGAUGCUGUUCUUGAAGGCUUUGAAGAUACCCUGACCAAGAGUCUUGCCGAGUUGCCAAAGAUACCCCCGAUUGUCCUUUCUAAUAUUCUUCCACCCCCGCAUGAUCUUGACUUGCCAAUUGUCAAACUCAUGAACCACCCUGAGUACCUUGCAUUCCAGUCGCAAAUUGCUGCGCUCUCUCUCUUCCCAAACGUUUAUAUCAAAUUUCUUCCGCCAUCUUGGGAUGCCCCAACCCCGCAAACGCCUUACCCAGGCAGUCCGGUCGAAGAGGCCGAGGUCAGGAUCUUGAAAGAAUGGAAACGCAGGAUCAAGAUGUACCUAUCCCCUGUAAUGGAGGCGUUCGGAUACCAGCGUAUCAUUUUUGGAUCUUCUCCUUCGUCAUCUUCGAGGGGUCCUUCUAAUGCAGGGGAUUGGUACGAGAUCGCAAGGGAAUCUCUGACAGAACUUGUUGUGGAAAAAGAGUUCAUUGAUGCUGUAUUUUGCGACAACGCACAAAGGGUCUACGGAGCCAGCGUCUAG